CUGUUGUAAAUCAGAAGUUAAUCAGAGGGCAGAGAAGACCUUUCAUCCACUCUGCUGAUUCAGUCUGCUUAUUAACUGAAAGCUGUCCUGCUUUCUCUUUGGCAAAGGACUUGGCACAUGACUGGGGUCUGCUGCGAUGCCCGUCGCGUUGGAGGACAUCAUGAGGCUGCUGUGCUCCAUCUCCGAGGAGAGGAAAAUGCGGGCGGCCGUCAGGCACUCCGGGAGGGGCGCCCUGGUCACAGGGGCCGUGGCCUUUGUUGGUGGUUUGGUGGGCGGCCCACCAGGACUAGCCGUUGGGGGGGCCGUCGGGGGUUUGUUAGGCGCGUGGAUGACAAGUGGACAGUUUAAGCCAGUUCCUCAGAUCAUAAUGGAGCUGCCACCUGCCGAGCAGCAGAAGCUCUUUAACGAAGCCACUGCCAUCGUCAGGCACCUGGAAUGGACGGACGCCGUGCAGCUGACCAUGCUGGUCAUGGGCAGUGAGGCCCUGCAGCAGCAGCUGCUGGCGAUGCUGACCAACUACAUCACCAAGGAGCUCCGGGCGGAAGUGCAGUACGACGACUAGGCCUCCGCUCCGGGAAGCGGGGUACCCCCGACUCGUGGAAGAUGACUGCGUAGCUGUGGGAAGCCCCACAUCGUCAGAAUAUUACCCUAAACUGUAGCGAAAUCUCCUGCUGGAGAGGCUGGGGCUGUGCUAUAUCGUGUUCUGGAAUUAUUUGAGAAGAUGCCGCGUUUUGUGGCUGUGUGCACCUGUGUGCCCUGACAACCCUUCAGCUGGGAAGCUGGUGAACGGUAAAGCUGUGACUGCUGCCACGUAGUGGCAGUUUUCUGAAUCCCCUCUCACUCACACAGGAGCUGGAAGAAGGUCUUCACGUUCAGCCUUCUCAUCUCAUCACGUGAAGAUGAUGCCGGUACAGGCAGCCGGUACAGGCAGCCGUUGCAGGACCAGCCCUCCCUUGGGACCUAGGGGCUGUCCCCUGCUGAAAUCAUGUUUACCUCUUGAAUGCCCCUUCCCCACCCAGUGACUUCUGAGUGGCCUCAGGGAGGGGGCAGUCGGCCUGCUGAGUGAAGCCACAAACGUCAGUGGCACCCAGCCCCUCCCCCAGUAGCUGCCCGACUGGGCUCUCACCCUCCCAGGGGCUUGCUUUCCCCAUCUGAAAAGUCAUAGUAGUUCCUGAGUUCUGUUUUUUAAAUUAAAUAUUUUCAGUAAAUUAUUGCUCUUUCUGAAGUGGUAGAAUCAUAAACUAUCUCUAAGAAAUCUGUCCACCCUAAAUUUCUCCUAAUAUUGUUUUUGCUUUGCUUUCAGAACCACAGUUUGACUAAGUGUCAUCAAACUACAAUAAAUGUUUUCUGAACAGUCCUUUUCUCCA